AUGACUUUUACAAAAAAUAUUAAAAAAAUUACAAAUCUCAUCACAAGUAGAAAUCAUACAACUCUUUUUAAUCAAAAAAGAUAUAAUUGUUCUAUUCCAAUAACUAAUCAGGAGCUUAACAAUACUACUGAUACGCUUAGUCCUAAUAAAACUGUCACUGUUCUCCCCAUUCAACCUACACUACGAGAAUACCAAAAAGAUUGUAUAAAUGCUUGUUUGGAUCACAUAUCAAGAGGAAUUUAUAACAUUGGUGUGUCUGUCGCCACUGGUGGUGGGAAAACGGUAAUAUUUUCAAACUUGAUAAAAAAUUAUAAAAACUUACUAUCCUUAUCAAACCCACAAAAUAAUAAUGUUCCUCCCCCUGUUUUUUUAAUUUUAGUUCACAGAAGAGAAUUGGUUUAUCAAACUUAUAAUACAAUCAAAAAAUUUCAGCCCGAUUUGGAAGUACAGAUAGAAAUGGGUAAAGAACACACCUACUUAACACAGGACCUUUUAAAAUCUGUAAAUAACACGGUUAAAAGAAAAAGGAAAAAAAAAGAGCAUCCAUUAAUGGUUAGGCCAGAUGUUAUUAUAGCGUCCGUACAAACUUUGUCCAGGAGGUUAGAUCAUUAUCCAUCUCACAACUUUUUAUCCAUGAUAAUUAUAGAUGAAGCCCAUCAUUCAGUAGCUAACACCUAUCUGAACAUAUUAACACAUUUCGAUGCAUUACCAAGUGAUGACAACAGUAGCAAUGUUAAAAAAAUACCUGUUAUCGGAUUCAGUGCCACAAUGGAAAGACAAGAUAAAAAAGCCUUGGGACAGAUCAUGCAAGAAAUUGUUUAUGAUAGAGGUAUUUUUCAAAUGAUUGAUGAUGGUUGGUUAUGUGAUGCCAAAUUCUCUCUUGUGAAAACUAAAAUCUUAAAUGAUUUAAAUGAUAACAGUAUUCUUAAUAAGGAUACGAAUGACUUUGUUUUGCAUAAGUUAUCUGGUAUUAUGAAUACACCCGAAAUGAACCAAAUUAUCUUGCAAACAUAUUUAACUAAGGUGGUGCCAAAGAACCCAUCUGCAUCGACUUUACUAUUUGGUGUGGAUAUUGAGCAUGUGGAGACAUUAAAUGAAUUAUUUUUAAACAAUGGUAUCAAAUCAGCUUGUGUUACUUCUAAAACCAAACAGUUUUACAGAGAUAAAAUAGUAACUGAUUUUAAAAACGGCAGAAUAGACGUUUUAAUGAAUUGUGGGAUCUUUACGGAAGGCACUGACAUGCCCAAUAUCGACUGUAUAUUACUUUGUAGGCCAACAAGAUCUAGAUCUUUAUUAGUACAAAUGAUUGGUAGGGGACUAAGGCUGCACAAGAACAAAAAGGUUUGUCAUAUAAUCGAUUUCGUUGGCACUUCGAAUGAGGUAGGGUUAGUUUCCAUACCGACAUUGGCCGGCAUUGGGAACCACAUAAAUACGACCUCAGAAGAAGAGGAUAUGAAUGAUUUAUUAUUAUCAGAAUUACCUAAACUAAAAGAGAAAAUAAAUUCUGAUGAUAGAAGUAAAACUUUGAUAACUAAACACGAAGAAGAUUUAAAAAGACAAUUUAGAGAACAUAUUGAAAAAAAUAAUGGAUUAGAUGUAGUUUUUGCUACGUUUGAUAGUUUUAAGGCGUAUUAUGACGUAAGCCAGAACUCUGAGCAAAAGCCAAUAGAUCAAUUAAAUAACUGGGAAAAAGAGUACGUUUUAAUUAAGCAUUCAAAAUACCCGUGGAUAAAGUUUGCAGACAAAGGUUGGGCGUUAUCCUUAUCACCGCAAUAUCAUUUUAGAAUAUAUAAAGAAAAGAAAAAUGAUGGUAAUGGUAGUCAAGAAACAAUCUAUGUUCUAAAGCUGUAUGUUGAAUUCCCCAGACCUGUUUCCGCAAAAAAAGAUGAUAUAUAUUCGGAGAGUGACAAUAACAAAUGGAACAAUAAAAUGAAGGCUAAAAUAAUUAAAAGCAGUUCUAAGUUUGAAGAUCUUGUGGGUUACACAGAGUACUAUUUGGAAAAAUAUCAAAGCCAUAAUCCACAAACACUUGUUUCCACCAGAUAUUCUAAUUGGAGGAAAAACACACCUACUGCUAAGCAAUUAAAUUAUCUAAAAAUAAAGGCUAAAAGAUUUUAUACUAAACAUCAACCAGACAAUAUCUUGGAAGAUGAUAUUGAGGAAUAUUUUAAUAGAUUUAAUAGAGGAGAAUGUUCUGAUUUAUUGUUUGCAUUGAGCAUAGCACCUGUUUAUCCAUUAGAUAAAACCUUUAAAGUUAUUCAAAACAGGAAAAAGUUAUCACAACUUUCUAGAAGUAGCACCAGUGGUGGCAGUUUAAUAGAGAAGGUGUUGGGUAAAACAAACAGUAUAAAUCUAAUUUAA